UCUUAAAAUAUUAUAGACGAGUUUUUUGUUUAAUUUACCGAUGAAAUGUCACACCUUGACUUUUAUUUGAUUUUUUCGAGUGAUUAGAACAAUUUUUAAGCACACAAGAACGCAUUAUUCACGUGGAUUGUAAAUGAAUCACGGCACAUCACUGCACUGCAAGGGCCUGUAGACGACUGACAACGUUGCGGUCCAUGGACCGCAGUGGGGUGUGUUAAAAAUUCUCUUAGUAACGUCGCCUCUAGUACGUAGUACAUAUACCUCAAUGGUUUGCGGUCAAUCUUGAACAAAUCUUGAUCCGAUUUCAUUCGGUUGUUUGCAACUUGAGUCGAUUGUGAUAUGGGAGUGCGAGCGAUUUAACUCGACGCAUCGGCUGUCAGUCAGUCACCGCGUAGGUAGCACCUCGGCUCGGCUGACUCGGUUCCCGGCUCGCCCGAACUUUGCUUUGCGCCCAUCUCAUUGCCCUGCGCGGAACGACUGCGCGGCAGCAAAAUUUUCUAUUUGUACCGAGCUUCAUAUUUUGAAUUUAUAUUUAAUUUAAAUAAAUUUAAUUCAAAACUGAUCCUAUUUCUGUAUAUUUUUUAAAUAAAUACGUUUUCCACUGUCCUUCACUUUCUCUGCACUGACGUUUUUAUGCGUGAGUGAGGUUAACUUUUCUGUCAGUGAUUCGUAUUGUUGUUUUGACAUUUGGUGUUAUCUCACGGUAAUCGUACUGUUUUGAUUUAAUAUCGUGAAUUAAUAUUAAAUUACUACUAGGAUGUGUAGUGAUAUUGAGUAGGUUUAGUGAUACGAGGAACAAAGUGAUAUUCUUUAUGUGAUCUGGUUUUGGCCACUGUGAUUUUGAUUGAGGCAGUUCGUUUGGACUUGCAGUGUUUUGUGCUUGUGAUUCAUAAAGGAUUUCUUAUUACUUGGAUUUAAAAAGUCGACGGAUCAGAUAUAAUUGAGAUGAGCGGCGUUAAUUACAAGUAGAAAUGCUGUUAAGGAACUGGACUUGUAUUGUGUAAUGACGCAGUAAAGAUGUCCUGGGACACGAUGAGCCUGCUCGGCGUCGGGCGGCACUUCGCGGGCGUGGGGCGGCUGCGGCGCGCGCUGCUCCUGCUCGCGGCCGCCGCCUGCACCGCCGCCGCGCUGCUGUACUGGCGGCAGCAGAGCGACGAGAGCGCGCGCAGGCCGCUGCACGCCGUGUACACAGGCGGCGAACCACAAUGGAGUUGGAUCUGCAGAAACGACCGGUGCGAGCGUAUGCUGGCAUCAGAAACAUCCACGCUACAGUCGCUAGUGACUUGCAACAUGCUCUGCGCGUCGACGCAACUGUGGCCACAGCCCACCGGGCCCGUCAGCCUCGCCACGGGCGCCGUUCCCCUCCGAGCAGAGUUCAUCGGACUUCAUGUAGUCGCAUCCCCGUCUCCUGACGUCACCGAACAUCUAAACCAAGCGUUCGCCUUAACGAAGGAGGAAAUGAGAAAUCUUGAGCGAAGCGUCAGUAGCUCGCGGCGAGACGACGCGGGCGCGGCGCGAGUCAUGCGCGUGAGAGUCUUUGUCAACGGCUCAGGCGACCCCCGUCUUCGAUUAGACACUGAUGAAAGCUACAAGCUUUCUUUAGGCUUAGAUAGACAAGAGCUGAUAGCUAAUAUCACAGCGCAGUCUUUCUGCGGAGCACGACACGGCUUCGAAACGCUUUCACAACUGGUCUGGGCAGAUCCUUAUACCGGUUCCUUACUAAUACUGACUGCAGCGACAGUAGAAGACGCACCGAGAUUUAAAUUUAGAGGAUUUUUGUUAGACACCGCUCGAAACUUCUUCCCUGUAAGCGAGCUGUUACGCACAAUAGACGCUAUGGGCGAGAAUAAGCUAAACACUUUCCAUUGGCAUGCCAGCGAUUCGCAAGCGUUCCCGCUGCAACUUCAAAGCGCACCUCAACUGGCAGCGCACGGCGCAUACGGCGCGGGAGCCGUGUAUACCACUGAUGAAAUACGAGCGGUAGUACGCCGGGCGCGCCUACGCGGGAUAAGAGUUCUGUUAGAAGUAGACACCCCGGCUCAUGUGGGGCGAGCUUGGAGUUGGGGCACCAGCGCCGGGCUCGGCCAGCUGGCAUACUGUGUCGAGGCCGAACCGUGGAGCGUUUACUGCGGUGAACCACCGUGCGGUCAACUUAACCCUAAAAAUCCGCACGUUUAUAAUUUACUCGAAAAAAUCUAUGCCGAAAUUAUUACAUUGACCGGAGUGGACGAUAUCUUCCACCUCGGCGGCGACGAGGUUUCGGAACGAUGCUGGUCGCAACACUUCAACGACUCAGAUCCGAUGGAAUUAUGGCUGGAGUUCACCCGGCGCGCUUUCAAGGCGCUGGAGAGAGCCAACGGAGGCAAAGCACCAGAAUUAACCUUGCUAUGGUCUUCUCGGCUAACGCGCUCGCCUUAUUUAGAGCGGUUAGACUCGAAGCGUAUCGGCGUGCAAGUGUGGGGGGCGUCGCGAUGGCCCGAGUCGCGGGCGGUGUUAGACGCGGGUUUCCGCUCGAUCAUAUCGCACGUGGACGCGUGGUACCUGGACUGCGGGUUCGGGUCGUGGCGGGACAGCUCGGACGGGCACUGCGGGCCGUACCGCUCGUGGCAGCAGGUGUACGAGCACCGGCCGUGGACGGAGGAGGGCGGCGUGUCGAGCGCGGGCGAGCCGGUGCUGCCGUGGCGCAUCGACGGCGGCGCCGCGUGCCAGUGGACCGAGCAGCUGGGCCCGGGCGGGCUGGACGCGCGCGUGUGGCCGCGCACCGCGGCGCUGGCCGAGCGCCUGUGGUCGGACCGCGGCGCGGGCGCGGAGGCCGACGUCUACCUGCGGCUGGACACGCAGCGCUCGCGCAUGGUAGCCCGGGGCGUCAACGCGGCGCCGCUGUGGCCGCGCUGGUGUACCCAGAACCCUCACGCUUGCCUCUAGCUAGUACAGACGUGUGACUGUUGCGAUAUCUUAGCGAAUGAUUCGAUUAUUCCGUUUUGUAUAUCGACUCGACGAUGCCACAAAUAGAUUACCAUUUCGACGCCCUUGAUGGCUUAUGAAUUCAUGUUAACUGACUUUUAAAGACACGACCGUUUUAAUCUGUUUUGUUUUAACAUAGAAGAUGGAGACACGUUAUAAUGAAAUCACAGGUUAGUUUAGCGAGGCCGCGUUUUGUACAUAAUAACCUUAGGAUAAGUAGAUAACCUUAGCAAUAUAGUUACAUAAUCAAAUAGGUAGGUAAAUAAUCGUUGAUAAAUUAGAUCUUUGUAUUGGUGUUUAAAAACGUUCAUACGCUAAUGUCGCUUAACAAAUGGUACAUAACAUUUAACUAGGUUUGUCUUGGCAUUGAAACUUUAUCCUAGAGACAAACUUAUGUUGAACAGGCGAUUAAAUGUCUAUGUUACAAAUGUACCUACGUGUAGGUUAUAUGCUAUAAGCCAAGAUGUAUAUUCAAAUUGCCAAUGUACCUACUCAUUAGAUGGUGUAAGAAUCGGUGUCAAUUUACAGUUCACACUGUGGAACAAUCGACGUCAAAUGUGUUCAUAUUUUUGGACCUAAAGUACGCAUUACUCUUUGGAUAUGUAGUAAUACGAGUAAAAGCCCUAUCACACAAUUAUGAUCCAUAUAGGUAUCAAAACCUGACAAAUUCGAACAGAACAAUCUGUAGAUACUAGGUACCACACACAAAAGAACC